AUGUCAGCUUAUAUAAACGAAAAUCCCAUUUUAUCUGUAUUUAUUUCUAAGGGUGAAAAAAUGAUUUCUUCUGAAAAUGAAAAUAAAGAUAAUAACUUAUUCGAUGUGAAGUUACCCGCGAACAUAUUAUGGAAAACUCAUGAGCAUUUACCAGUUACCCAAUCUUCUCUCACAGAAUACUCUUCAAGUCAUAUAGAUAAUAUGACUGCUAUCACAGAUAUGACAAAUUCACACUUCAUACCAAGAUCUGAUAGUAUUCAUCAACCUAAUUUACCUGUACACAACGAUUUCAAUCCAAUUUAUCACUCGGAUGAAUUACAAAUACAUACAUCUAAAGAAUUUAAAGAGUUAUCUUCAAAUGAUGAACAUUUUCAAUCAUUAAUACCUUCUAGGUCUGUAUCAACACCAUAUUCAACAAUAGCCACAUCUUUAAAUGAACAAGAAGAGAAUAAAAAAAACUUUCCAGAGAAUUAUAAUUUACUAUCAAGUACCUAUUAUCAACAAUUUUUAUUAAAGCAUUACAACAGAAAUGUAACUGAUGAAGUUACUAAUUUAAUGGAUGAAAACUAUCGUAACUCAUUGAUUAUGUCAUCCUAUGUUCAUCGUUUACAAAAUUCAGAAAAUUUAGUUUCUACAAGUAAUAUCAAUAAUCCUUUUACUAGUACUAAUACCAUUACAACAACAACCGCUUCUACUUCUGUUACUAAUGUCACCAAUAUACAUGCUACUAAUUUCAAUACAAGUAGUAUAAGUUCAUCGAAUCAUAAUCAGUCAAUUCAUGAAAAUUAUGAAUUUAAUAGCAAUCCUACAAACUUGCAACAUCAUCAUCGUCAUCAUUAUGUUAACCCUGAUGAUACGAAUUUUCCUGGAAAUUUAAACAAGCAUUAUAAUCCAGGAAUGCAUGAGAAUUAUUUACCUUGGACAGAAUAUUGUAACAAUAGUGACUAUAACAUUGAUUAUUUGAAUAAUGAUCAUAAAAGUAGUGAUUACAUAACAGAAACUGAUUCAUUGAAAAAUGAACAGAAUUUCCUUGUAAAACAAUAUCAGAAUCAACAAUCCAAUUGGUUGAAUGAUAUACACACUUGGGUAAAUAAUAGAUUUUCACAUGAUAAUGUUAAUGAUGCAUUAAUGCCAACAAUUAUCAAUAAUGAUAAAAUUCCGCCUACAAUUAAUUCCACAUUCAGUUCACUUCAAAAUCAUCCUUGUUCAGUCGAUCAAUCUGUAUUUGAUACUGACAGCAAUAAUAAUAAUAACGUGAGUAGUCAAAACCAAUCAUUAAAUAUUCAAAUGAACGAUCCAUAUUGUUUUAUUACAAGAGCUGAAGAUAAAAAUAUCAAUCAAAACUCAAUUGAAUCAUAUUUAUAUUCAAAUCUUGAAACAGAUUGUAGACGAACAUUUCAUUCACCACUACCUAUCGGAGAGAGGUGUUUAAAUUUUAGUGGAAAUAAUUCGAAUUUUUGGUCAAAUAAUAUGUGUAAUUUAUUAAACACAACUGAUCGCUAUAAAUCAAUCUUAAUGGCCGCUGCUAGUGUGCAAUAUCCAACAUAUAAUCAUCAUCUUAACGAUAAUAAUAAUAAUAACUCAUCAGGACAAUCUGAAUAUGCAACACUCUAUGAAACAUUCCUUUCUGCUAACAAUAAUCCUAAUGGCUCCAUAGAUAUGAAUAUCGAACCGAAAUGUUCAGUGUUCACUAAUAAUCAAAUAGAUAAUGAAAGUAGAGUAAAUGCAUCGACAAAUAUACCUAAAAAUUUAUUUUCUCAAUCACCAUCCCCAUCAUCAACGUUAUCUGGUGAAACAAAAGUAUCAUUGAAUGUUGAACAUCCACUCAUUCCUCCAAGGUCUUCAGCAUUAUUAACGUUAAAUAAUAAUAAUAAUAAUAAUAAUAAUAAUAACAAUAAUAAUAAUUCCAAUACAAUUAAACGAUAUAUUGGUCGACCAACAUGUGAUUGUCCUAACUGUCAAGAAUUAGAUAAUUUAAAUUUAACAAAUCCAAAUAUAGCAAGUGAAUUAAGGCGAAAAAAUUUACAUAAUUGUCAUGUACCUGGUUGUGGUAAAGUCUACAAUAAAACAAGUCAUUUAAAAGCACAUUUAAGAUGGCACACAGGUGAACGUCCAUUUGUGUGUAAUUGGUUAUUAUGUGGCAAACGAUUUACACGUUCUGAUGAACUGCAACGUCAUUUACGUACACAUACUGGUGAAAAACGUUUUCUUUGUCCUAUUUGUCAUAAACGUUUUCUUCGAAGUGAUCAUUUAAAUAAACAUAUACGCACACAUUCUGAUUCUACAACAACAACAACCGUAAACGAAAAUAAUGAACAUAAUUUAAUUAAAUCAAUUGAUAAACAGUAUUUAACUAUUAAUACAACAAAUACUACCUCCACAACUACUAGUACUACUAAUACUACUAACACUUUUAUCAGUAGUAAUAUCAGUGAUAAUAAUAUUAAUACUGAUAGUCGUACACCUUUAAGCACUUCAUCUAAUCACAAUAUUGAAGAAAAUUUUAAUGAAUAUACUAUGUGA